AUGGUGGACCCCAUACCUGGAGAGGAGAAGGCGGGAGCCGAGGCUGGAGGCUCCGGAGGAAAACGGAGCCGCCGCGUCCGUGCCCCCUGGCGCCCAAGGGGCCGAGCAGCCCGCGGCCCCUUCGGCCUCGGCCUCGGCUUCCGCGGGCGGUGCCCCCGCAAGGCUGAGUCCCAUCCAGGCCCGACGGCCUGGGCCCACCCAGUGGAGGAGCGGGCGCGUCUUCGGGUCCGCGAGGAGUGCGAGCCGUCACGUUACGAACAGCAGCAAUGCGAGUUUAGGGAGGAGCGGCGCCGUGGCGCUUGCCGAGCGCCAGACCUGUUGCGGCGGGAGCGGGCCGAGCGCGCGGCCCGGGAGGACCGGUUGCGCAAGCUGCAGCAGGAGCAGAACCUGAAGCAGCGGGAGGAAGGCCUGCAGGAAGGGCGCGAGCGGGCCGAGCAAGUCCGCCGGGAGCGCGCCCAGCGCGUGGCUUGUACCAAGCAGCGGCAGGAGGGCCAACUGCAGCGGGAGAAGCGGAAACUGAGCAGGGCCGAGCAGGCGCGCCACCGGGCGCUGCUUCAAGGCCGGGCCCGCCAGGAGCACGAGGAGCGCGAGGGCCUGCGGAGCUCCCUGGAGGCCAGCUUGGGUCGCGCGCAGGAGAACUACGAGCACUUGGUGGAGCAGCGUACCCGGGAGUUGCGGGAGCGGGCCCGGAGGGAGGAGCUGCAGGGUCGGCGGGCCAAGGAGGCGGCGGAGCGCAAAGAUCGCGAGCAUCAGGCGCACCUGGAGGCGCUGGCCCGGGCAGGCGAACGGCGGCUGCAGCACGCGACGCAGGUGGCGGAGGAGGCGGUGCAGCAGAAGGCGCGGCGCGUGGGACAGAACCGUUUGGAGAAGGAGCGAGCCCAGCGUGCCAAAAAGGAGAAGGUGGAGAGGGACGAAGACUGCCGCCGGCGGGAGCUGCUCCAAGCCAUCGGGCGCAAGCUGGAGCGCAGCGAGCAGCUGUCGCGGGAGCGGCGUAGCGCGCUGGAGAGCGCACGCUCCAUAGCCCGGGCGUCCUUCCACGUGCGCGAGAAGGUGCGCGAGGAAACCAACACGCGCUCCUUCGACCGCAUGGUGCGGGAGGCCCAGCUGACCGCCAGCCUGGACCGCAAAUGACCGACACCCGGUGAGGGCCAGACUGCCACGCUCAGAGCCCUGCGGGGCAUCCCCUUGGCCACUUUGACCAAACCUUGGGAGUCCUCCGCUGGGUCGCAGCACAUACACCUCUCGAAUUUUCCGACCAAUAAGGCAAUAAGAGGACUAACACGCCAGGCCUGUCAUAUUGCAACCUUUGUUUUUAAAAACUGACUUCGUA